UCUUCUCUCUGUGUGUCUUAUCUCAGCCGACCCGUUUAUUAUUGUUUUAGCAAAUAUUUACCUUCACUCGCUGUGGAACAUAUGCUACUUUCUUUUGUUUCCUGUCUUAAAAUUGGUGACAACCUGGACUUCAGACCUGGAUGUUGUAACCUAGACCUUAACGGCGAAACUAUGAAACUUUCAAGUUGUUAUUCUUCGCGUAUGCGUGCAUCUUGUCGCUUACAAAAUGUGUCUUUAAUUAUUACAGAAAUAAUUUACUGAUUUGUAGUGUGUGUUAGUUCUAAAGAUUCUUCAAAGCAUCUGAUAAGCGAUAAAUAUGACUUCAAUUUAUUGAUAUCUGGAGUUGACAUUUAUUGUUCGUUUUGAAGAUAUUUAUAAACAUUGGAUAUGCUGUCAAGGUUUUUCAAAAACAUGAAUUGUUUCUGUUGCAGUCUGCGCAAAGAGAGGCUUCAACUCAAGGACCAACCUACUGUACAGAGUCCUAAUGCACAGAUCAUGUCAGGUAGUGUCUACCAUAACGGCACAGGAUGCGAUACUGCUCUACAAAAUUUACUAGAUUCUCUGGAUCAAGUGUGUGAAAAAGUUGAUACUCCAGUUGAAGAUCAUUUGUUUUUAUCACAGCUUCUACAAAACAGGAAUUUGCAAUCUCUCAUUACUGUUCAUAAUAAAAUCAAUAACCAGUGUGUUCAACCGACCUAUCAAGAUGUCAUUAGAUUAUCAAAUGAUGUUAAAGAUUUACUAUCAUCUGUGAACUCUCCAGACUCAAAAGAACUGAAAGAAUUAUUAGAAAAACCUCAUGUAAAGGCUUUGUUUCAAACUCAUGAUCAGGUAGCCAGGAAAGACUUUCUUCCAGCUUUACCAGAUGUGCCUUUUGAAGUAGAUGAAGAUGACGAGAGUGUUAAAGUUAUUCAACUUAUUAAAAAUACUGAACCACUGGGUGCAACCAUAAAAAUAGAUGAAGCAUCUGAUGCUGUUGUUGUAUCCCGCAUUGUUAGAGGAAGUGUAGCUGACCGCAGUGGCCUUAUAAAUGUGGGUGAUGAGUUGAGAGAAGUCAAUGGUAUUCGUGUUAAAGGAAAGAGUCCAUUGGACAUUCUAGCAAUUUUGGAGCAAUGUCGUGAAGGCACAAUCACUUUUAAACUUGUCCCAGGAGUGCCUCCAAAGCAUGCACCUUCUGAUCAAGUAAGAGCGAACUUUGUUUAUGAUCCCAUGCUGGAUUCACUAAAUCCAAAACCAGAGUCUGGUCUUGCCUACCGAAGGGGUGAUAUCUUGCAUAUAGUCAGUCGUCAGGAUCCUGACUGGUGGCAGGCCCACUUAGACAAUGAUUUAAGAAUUGGAAUUAUUCCUAGUCCUAGUCUUUUGAAAAUACGCCUCUCUAAUUUCCAGAAUGGUAAUUUAUGUAAAAAUGACAGAAAUUUCAACAAUUAUAUAGAUCCUGAUGCCAAAGAUAUUCCUGUUUACGAAGAAGUUGCAUUAUUACAUCCUGUACCUGGAAGGUACAGACCCAUUGUUCUUAUAGGUGCCCCUGGUGUUGGUCGCAAUGAAUUAAAGCAGAAGCUUAUAUCUUAUGACCCUGUGCACUAUAAAACUACUAUUCCACAUACGAGCCGACUUCCUAAAAGUUGGGAAGAGGAAGGGAAGGAGUAUUAUUUUGUUUCUCGGGAAGUUAUGGAGCAAGGUAUCAGAGAAGGAAAAUUUGUUGAAUAUGGUGAAUAUAAAGGAAAUUUGUAUGGAACAAGUUUAGAAUCAGUCUUCACAAUUGUCAGAUCAGGGCGUGUUUGCAUUUUAAAUCCUCAUCCACAGGCUUUGAAGUUGCUGUGCACAGCGGAAUUGAAGCCUUACGUUAUUUUUGUUAAGCCACCACCUUUUGAAUUGCUCAAGGAAACAAGAAAUAAUGCUCAGUCCUCUUUUGAUGAAAAUUAUUCACGAGGUUUUACUGAUAGAGAGCUGCAAGAUAUCAUUGACAAUAGUUGGCAUAUUGAAAGGGUAUAUGGAUACAGAUUUAAUGCUACAUUAGUAAAUGAAGAAAUAAACAAGUCAUUCAAAGAACUUUUGUCAAUUGUAAAAAGAGUGGAGACAGAGCCUGAUUGGGCUCCAACUAAUUGGGUGCUAGAUCCUUAGUCCUGCAACUAACAGUAUUAACGAAGAGAGAAUACAGUUUUGAUGGAAUUUACUUAUGUUAUAUGUAUACAAGACGUGUAAAUUCUUGAAAUGUAAAUUUCUUUUAUAAUUGAUGUUUUAGAAGGUUAUGUACAGUUAAAAAUGUGUAUUUAAUAUUGAAAUACGUUACUUUUUGAUGUAUUGGAGAUAUCAUUAUAGUUUUAUUGAUAUUAAACUCCUAUAUAUCUGAUGACUCAUUUGCUAAAAGGAGAUGUAGAAGUUGUUAUAUAAAUACAAAUAUAUGUAUGUAAGCGAAUGGAAGUAGUUAAUCAUUAGUAUUUAUUUCCCAUUAAUUAAAUUAAAUGAUUAUGGAUUAGAUCCUAAAAUUUUAUAAGUAUAUUUCUUUAGAGAAUAAAUCUGAAUUUUUUUCUGUUUUUCAUAAUUUUUUUUUAACUAUAUAAUAACAUUUAUGAAAAUCUACUAAAGGUGUUGUUAUUCUUAAUUUUUGGAAUUAUGUAGAUUCAAAUUCUUAAUUGUUAAGUUUAAUACAGAAAUUAUAUUAGAAAACAAAAAUUAUAAGAAAAUUGAAUUUUAAAAAGAAUGUAAAAAUUAACAAAAUUUUAAAACUUCAGUGUUUAAAAUAUUACAAAUGCAUUUUUUCAUUAUAUGAUCGCUUGUGUAGAAUAUUUUACCCACCGUGGAUUUGUGUGGUGUUUUGUGGAAGUUUAAACAUCCUAAUCCUCAUACAUUUUAUCAUUGAAAAGUAUGUAAUGGCCUUUUAUUUUAUAAUGUACUAAAAUGUGUAACUAUGACUUUAAUUUUUAAAAUUAUUUUUACAGUUUUUAUUUCAUAAUUAGUAAUUUCUUAGAAAUGUUUUUUCCUUUUCACCUGAUAGAUUGAUUAUUUUGAUAAUUGGUUUAUAUUGCAGUUUAAAUCCUAAAAGUAUCAUAAAUUUUAAAUUAUUUCUUACUGAGAUUGUUUUGAAUGAUAUGGUUAAAACAAAAAUGAAUGUCUAGUUAAUAUAUCAGCUUUUUAUUCCAACAGUAUGUAAAACAAAAUUAGUUUCAUAAAAAAAAAGUUAUAAAUGAUAUUAACAUUGCUUCUUUUUAAAUGUGGCUUUAAAAAUGCCAUAUAAUAUACAUAUUUCUAAUGCUAAAUCAAACGUAUAACGUUAGCCAGAAUUGUCAGUGUUUGGAAUUGGAGGACUAUAACAAAAUUAUAACAAAAUUUUAAUUUUCAAAAAAAUUGUUUACUUAGAUUUGAUAUUUAAAAUUUGGGUUUCAGUGUGUGAGUUAUGUCUUACUAAUAUAUACAUAAAAUUUUUCUCUUUUUCGUUGUGAAUUUUUAUAGAUUCUUGUUACAUAUUCUUCAAAAUUCUUUAAAAAAAUUAGUUUCUAUAAUUAUCUUAACUUGAAAACUGUUAUUAAAAUUUAAUAAAUAGUUGUAUUAAAUUGCAUUUUCUUAUUUAUUAUAUCAAGUCGGACAAAGUUCAAAUUCAAUUUUCCACAGAUUCAUAACAAAU